UCAAGUUAUUUUUAAUAAAAAUAACAUUUUUUAAAUUAAAAAAAAACUAGUUAUUUUAUAAAAAAAACUCUUCUCAUACUAUACAAAAUUAAAGAAUAUUCAUUUACGGUUAUUUAUACGUGGUGAAUUAGAAUACAAAGGAGUGUUUAUAAGAAGAAACAUUUAAGGUUAUGUAUACGUGUAUACGUAGGUUAAGAAUAUUUGUUUCGGCGUCUAAAAUAAGUAAAAAUAAUGUUCAGAAAGCUCCAAAUUGUGAUAUUUUUUACUCUAAUUUUGUUCGUCCUUAGUAAGAAACAAAAAAAUGGGGAAAAGCCCGCCUGGGCGAAGAAGGACAUCCGUGAUUACACGGAUGCGGACAUGGAAAUGCUCCUGGAUCAAUGGGAGGAAGAUGAAGAGCCCCUAGAGGAAGAUGAGCUUCCGGAGCACCUAAGGCCAAUGCCCAACGUUGAUAUGAGCAAACUAGAUCCCAGCAAUCCGGAGGCAAUGCUCCAGGCUACCAAAAAAGGUAGGACCUUAAUGACGUUCGUUAGUGUGUCCGGAAACCCUUCCAAAGAUGAGACAGAGGAACUAACCAAACUGUGGCAAACUAGUUUAUGGAACAAUCAUAUCCAAGCUGAAAGAUAUUUAGUCAGUGAUGACCGUGCCAUUUUCCUAUUCAAAGAUGGAUCCCAAUCGUGGACGGCCAAAGACUAUUUAAUCGAACAAGAACGUUGCGAAAGCGUCACGAUAGAAGGACAGGUUUAUCAAGGGAAGUACUCAAAAAAGAAGGACGAACUCUAACACCAGUUAUUAAUUCUGAUCAAAUGAAACUCAUUGUUCUGUAAAUAUUAUAUUAAAUUAAAUACAAAACUUUAAACAUUAUAAUAAAUUAUUAAUUUU